AUGCAACUCUCUUGCUUGGAUGGAAGGAGCAUUCAAUACUAUCGAGGUUGGACGGAGGCGCCUCUUAUCGGUCGGGAUUCCCGUGAUCGUAGAUCCACUUUAGCUAAUGCAACUCGGGGACCAGGUGGAGUGGCACAAGAUCUGCCUCUUGGCUUAUGUCGAGAUAUUGAUUCCUCCACACAACAAUUUGCUUCUAGUAUCGACGAAUUAGAAGAGAUGUCAACCGGCAACCGUAUCUGGAAACAACGAUUAGUGGAUAUUGGUACUGUCACUGCACAGCAAGCAAAGGAUUGGGGAUUCAGUGGUGUAAUGUUAAGAGGUCGUGCGACAUGA